AUGAAGUCUGAAGCUAAAGUUAAUGAAUUGAAAGAAUAGAUAUAAGAAUUAGAUAAACAAAUAUGUGAACAAUAUUAAAAAGCUAAAACCUUUAGGGAAGUACAGCAAACUACAGCUAAGUCAAGAGCAGUAAUGCUUCUCAAGAGAAAAAAGAUGUUGGAACAAUAAUUAGGAUAAAUUCUCAAUAAUUAGAUGACCUUAGAUUAAGUAGCUUUCACUAAAAGAGAACAUUUAAAAUAAAAUUCAAAUGCAAUGUAGCAAGUUGUAGCAGUUCAAAAAGAAGCAUUCAAAGAAAUUGAUAUGGACAAACUGGAGGACCUCAUGGAUGAUAUGAAGUUUGAAACAGACUACAUGAAUGAUGUGAUGAAUAGAUAUUAUGCAUGCGAUAUAAGGUGA